AUGGCUUUACCUUGGAUCUAUCUUGUUCGGUUCUUUCAGAUCCUAUUUGGCCUGAUCGUGUUGGCCUUGACUGCUUAUGUUGUCAGCACCUUCAACGGAUGGUCAUAUUCCAGCACCGUGGACUUCAACCUAUUUCUGGGCUGCUGGACAACAUUCCUGGCCACUCCAUACUUGGCAGCGGCCCCGAUCUAUGCCCCACACCUCGCCCACCACUAUGUGAUGCCGGCCAUGGAGGUGAUUACAAUGAUAUUUUGGUUCGCGGGUUUCAUCGCCAUGGGUGCCCAACUGCCUCCGGCGGUCGGCUGCACCUGGAGCACUUGUCGCGCCCUCCAGGCAGUAACGGUGUUUGGAUCAUUUGAAUGGGCUCUUUUCAUGGUGACCACUUAUUUUGCCAUGAUCGACCUAAAGCAUCACCGCAACAGUGGUGAGAGUGCCCAAAAGACGCAUAAUGCCCAUCUGGGAGUCUAA